AUGCCCCCAAAGCUUGGUAUUCAACGUCCAAAUAAUCGCCUGGAAUACCACAGGCCGAAGAUCCACUGGAAUGAGGCCAAAAUACCGCCUCUGAGCAACGAGUCGAAGAGGUGCUUGCGGAACUUAGCUGCUUACAGGCUUCCGAAGCAACGUCUGAGCUACCCUCGAUCGAAGUGUGCUGCUGUUCUCGUCGCGUUAUUCGUUGGGAGGCAUGGAGAUCUCUACGUGCUACUGAAUCGGCGGUCGGCGAACCUUAGAACAUACGCAGGCGACACGUCGUUACCUGGCGGAAAGAUGGAUCCAGAGGACAGAAACCUCGAGGAUACUGCGCGUCGAGAAGCAUUCGAAGAGAUUGGGCUACCUCGCGACCGAAGCAAAGUUCCUCUUCUAUGCAUCUUGGAACCUUUCCUCGCUGCCGAACUCAUCGUCACUCCUGUGGUUGUCCUGAUCCUCGAUAACACACUCCGACCAAUUCUCAACUCGGAUGAAGUGACGAGUCUCUUCUCCCACCCGCUGGUCUCAUUCCUCAGCUCCAAUUCGCCAUAUCCCUCCGAGCCAGACACGCUCGAGGUUCCAUAUCACACCUCUUUCGAGACCAAGUUCAGUGGACCACCUCAUCAAUCCUUCAGGGUGCACCAGUUCCUGACGGGGCGGGAGGCAGGAGGGAUCAAACCUGUGUUUGGACUCACAGCCGGGAUGUUGAUUCAAACGGCUACGAUUGGGUACGCUCGCCAACCCGAUUUCGAGGUCAACCCUCCAAACGCAGCGACAACAGAGGAGCGGAUAGCAUGGGCUCUCUUGCAUCGGAAGGUGUUCCAAGAAGCUUGCGAGAAAGAAGGCGUCGACGUCAGCGCCGCACAACGAAUUGUCGACAACUUUCUGAAGAGGUUGCAGGAAAGAGAGCGGAAGCAGGAGGAAAAGGAGCGCAAGAGGGAGCUGAAGAAGCGGCAGAAUAAACUCUGA